AUGCUGCUCUGGCCAUCGGGGGUGGUGGCAACAGCGUACCCAUUCAUCAUAGCGCGCCUGCUCUCUGACCCCUCACCGGACAUGCGGGCCAUUCUGCGCCAGAUGCUGCUCUGGCCCUCGGGUGCCAUCCGCUGGCAGCGCCUGCAGCGACUGGCGUCCGUGCUCUCCAAGCCAUCCCCACAGCACUCCACUGGGUUGGACCAUAGCUCUCCUAUAGAAGCUCAGGAGGGGGAAACAAGGGCGCGGGUUUCUGCAGAGGAAAAGCAGCAGACAACCGUCAGUGGGGAGGAGAAGCAGGGGGGACAGAGGGAUGAGCUGAGGGAGGGGGUGGAUGCGGCAGCUGUGGUGGCGGCAGCAGGGGCUUUUGAAACGUCACAAAAGGAGAGGCAGCGGGGACAGAGGGAUGAGCUGAGGGAGGGGGUGGAUGAGGCAGCAGUGGUGGCAGCAGCAGGGGAUUUUCUGGCGUAUGUGCUGUCUGCCGAGGGCAGCAGCACAAGAGGGUGGCUCGUGCUUGAUGCGGUGGCUGCUGGGCAGCAAUGGGUGGAUGAGAGGGUCGGGUCGACUGGAAAGGAGCGAUGGGUGGAGGAGGAGGAGGUGGGGAGGAGGGAGGGGAAGGGAAGGAGAAGAGGGGUUGAAGGAGUGGGGCAGGAGGGCAGGGGAGAGAGUAGAGGAGAGAGAGGUGUGAGGCAGGAGGGGAGGGGAGAGAGUAGAGGAGAGAGAGGUGUGAGGCAGGAGGGGAGGGGAGAGAGUAGAGGAGAGAGAGGUGUGAGGCAGGAGGGGAGGGGAGAGAGUAGAGGAGAGAGAGGUGUGAGGCAGGAGGGGAGGGGAGAGAGUAGAGGAGAGAGAGGUGUGAGGCAGGAGGGGAGGGGAGAGAGUAGAGGAGAGAGAGGUGUGAGGCAGGAGGGGAGGGGAGAGAGUAGAGGAGAGAGAGGUGUGAGGCAGGAGGGGAGGGGAGAGAGUAGAGGAGAGAGAGGUGUGAGGCAGGAGGGGAGGGGAGAGAGUAGAGGAGAGAGAGGUGUGAGGCAGGAGGGGAGGGGAGAGAGUAGAGGAGAGAGAGGUGUGAGGCAGGAGGGGAGGGGAGAGAGUAGAGGAGAGAGAGGUGUGAGGCAGGAGGGGAGGGGAGAGAGUAGAGGAGAGAGAGGUGUGAGGCAGGAGGGGAGGGGAGAGAGUAGAGGAGAGAGAGGUGUGAGGCAGGAGGGGAGGGGAGAGAGUAGAGGAGAGAGAGGUGUGAGGCAGGAGGGGAGGGGAGAGAGUAGAGGAGAGAGAGGUGUGAGGCAGGAGGGGAGGGGAGAGAGUAGAGGAGAGAGAGGUGUGAGGCAGGAGGGGAGGGGAGAGACGGGAGGAGAGGCAGGAUCGGGGGGUAGCAGACUGGGUGGUUCUGGUGGUGGUGGGAUACGGCAAGAAGCAGACAACGUGACAACACAAUGGAGAGACAGAGGAGAGGCUGGGACGGAACAAUACAGCAGAUCUAGCACGAGAAAGGAACAGUACUGGCAGCAGCGGUGCAGCGCGCACCGGAGCUGCAACUGCCGCCACUCUCCUAGAUUCAUUCCUUCCCCACCUGUGCCGCACCCACCCCCCCCCACCCACAUCCUCCACUCAUCCCGUGCUCCUUCAGUGGAUCCUUUGGGAGCGCUGGCAGCAGCGGUGCAGUGCGCACCGGAGCUGUGGGCACCUCCUGUGGACCCUUUGGGAGCGCUGGCAGCAGCAGUGCAGCGAGCACCGGAGCUGUGGGUGCCGCUGCUGGUGGAGACGGCAGGCAGGGCGGAGGCGAGGGAGAUGGCGGGCAGGGUGGUGCGAGGGGUGGCCUCUCAUGCUGCAGACUCUGCUGUGGAAAGUGCGCUGCUUGCCGUGUCUCGAUGGCUCCACUCCAAAUAG